AUGCCGACUCCCUCGAGCGCUGACAACCUCGCUGCGGCGUCUUCACUUCACUCCUCAUGCCCACCCGACGAUGACAGGUCGAGUUGGAGGAGUAUACAAAUGGAAGAUACGCAAGAUGAAGCAAUUGUGACUGCUCCAGAAGUGCUUCAACAACCUACACCUCCACCGACAGAUUCGCAAGUUACCGGUUCAACGAAUACCCACAUCGCAGAGCAUCAACAGACAAAACGAAUGGAUAUCGACGAAGAGACUAGCGGUCCUGAUAUACUGUCUCCCAUGAGUGCCGAGGCAGAUAAGCCAGAGGAUGUUGAACUUCCCACCUUGUCAAAUACAGACCUGAGCUCUCCCUCCAUGGGCUACGACUUCUCUAAUAUAAGACUCAUACCGUCUUCAUGUUCCUCCUACCUGCGCGCUGGGAGCAAGUAUCGUGGUACCCAACAGUCUGAGCGUCAAGUCUACGAUGUCCAGGUGGAAAUUAAGCAUGUAGACAUGCGGGAAUCUUUUCUAUGUGGAUAUCUACGGAUACAAGGAUUGACCGAAGACCAUCCUACCCUCACCACCUACUUCGAGGGAGAGAUCAUAGGCUCGAAAUAUACAUUCUUCACUCAACAUCAAGACUGGGGCUCAACGGAUAAAGUAGACUUGCAGCAUUGGGCCAAGUUCUCCGCCUAUCGACCAUUCCAGAAGCAAGUGAAGAAAGGACAUAUGCAUAUCCCUCAAUUGGCCCAACGAGAGAAUAUAUUCAUGAGAUGGAAAGAACACUUUUUAGUGCCUGAUCAUCGAGUCCGAACGAUCAGUGGUGCGAGUUUCGAGGGGUUUUAUUAUAUAUGCUUCAAUCAGAUUCAAGGAACUGUGAGCGGGAUAUAUUUCCACGCAAAGAGCGAGAAAUUUCAGCAAUUGGAGCUGAAACACGUUGAAGACCGUGGUUGCUUUCCCGCAAUGGAAUUCAGAUGA